GUUUAAAAUUUUCUGUAUCUUUUUGAAGGGAUGUCCGUAGCUCUCACAAGUACAGGUAUUUUAUUGUCAGGGUGCCUUCCUGGGGAGAGCUUGGAAUGGCAAAGGGGAGAUGUGAAGGACAGAACAGGGAGGCAGAGGUAGCCAUUCCUCUGAUCCUGGCUUCCUUGGCCCCAGUUUCCAUGUCAGAGUUCCCACUCUGCAGCAGCGCUGUAGAUCUCUCUUGGAAGAUUUAAAAGAAAGAUAUCUGCUAUCUUGUCCUUUAGCUCUGUGGAUGAAUGAAAGGAUCUGGUCUCACUGCAGCCCUUCUGCCUCUGAAUUUUCAGAGGAAAGCUUGCUUUCUUAUUCUUAUUGUGAAGAAAUGCUCAGGAUUUUAAUCCAAGUAAAUGAAACUAGUUUCACUUUUAUUUUUCCUAACUUUAGAGUCAUGUUCUCUUGGCACAUAUGCUUUUAAAAGUGACCUGUGUGUUCUUUCACAUCCUAUUGGAGUUUGUCUGAUUUUUAUAGAUGAAAUUCAAGACCUUUUUUUGGGGAAAGAGUUUGAGCUCUGAAAUCUAGGUUCAGUGCAAAACUUGGUAGUUGUUUUCAGUUGCAAACCAAAAAACCAGUAACAUUCUGUAUUCAAGUGAAUACUCCCCAUCUCAUCACAGAGUAGGGAAGUUGACCUGAAAUUCUGAUCUUGAAGCUCAGGGAAGGAAAAUAUAGAGCUGAAACUACAAAGAGGGUGUGCAGUCAGCAUUGCUUCACUAACUAAAAUCACCAGAGAAAAGUGCAGAAAUAAAAGGAAACUUAAGUUAAACUUAAAAUAUUUCUCCAAGUACUAAUUGCAUAAACAGUAUAACUGCUCAUAUGUAGUUUUAGUGUUCAGUGGUUUAAACUGUUAAUAAUUUUGGUAGAAAUUACUGCUUGGACUUCUUUAUAGUGCUUAAUCUUAAUUGGAGGGAGGAAAGAAGCCCUGCAUGACUAAAAUUCUUGAUUAAAACAGCUUUUUAAAAACACAAAUCUAAUCAGUGGAUUGAUAAAAGAUAAACUAAUAUUAAUUGUGACACCAGGAUAUUACCAGUGGAAAUGUGAUCAGCAAAACUCAUCCUACUGAUAAGAAAAAUGGUUCAUAGAAUUAAAAGCUUCUCAAGGAGUUUAUUUGGCAUCUUCCUCCUGCAUGUUUUCUCCUACUGUACAUAUUCCAUUGAAAUUUGGUAGGGGAAACCAAAAUCCUUGGAGUUACGUUUUGAAGUCUUUGUAGUUAAAUUUGGAACCUGUAAUGUGUAGAAAACUGUAUCUGAAGAAGGUGGUUAUGUGGAUUUAGUUAAGGAGACCUUAGGAGACCUUAAAGGUAACUCGUGUUCUUUUUAAAAGUGAUUGAGAUUUCGUAGGUUUUUUUUUUUUUAUAAAUUUCCUCAAUUUUUAGUUACUCAGUAUCCUCAUUUGUACCAAGUUUCUUUACAGUUAAUUGUGAAAUGUUGAUUUAGGAUCACGCAUCUCUUAAUUUUGAGACAUGUUUUGAGGGCUCUUUAUAUGACUAAAGCAUAGUGAGAGCCUGAGCAUUUCCUGCUCAAAGCUGUGUGAGCUCCAGGCUGUAAAUCAUCCAGAGGUGGGUAGAGAAAUGACCAGGUAGGAAGGAUUGAUGGCAGGCAAAAAUGCAGUUACACCGAGCAGUUAAGCCCUCUCCCCACGCAUGUCCCUGAAAGAGUUAUUAAGUUAGUUUCAGAAUGAGGAAUCAUUUGGUUUAUGGUUGCCCCUCUGCUGACUGAGGCAAACGUUGUGGGACAAGGAUACCCAGAGGGUGCCAUUGCUGUGCAUGCACAGGGAGGCAGAGCUAAGUUUGCAGGGUGUCUGCACACCCCACGUUUCCUCACAUCCCCGCGCUUGGUUUCACAAUCCAAGUGACUGUCGUGCGUGUUUUGAACCAAUUUUCUAUACCAGUGGGGAUACCGAGCCCUGCCUGCAAGGGUAGCACGGCUGCCCUCCACAACACAAGUCAUCACCAGCAGCCCAAGGCCUGCCCUGGAGAGGGAAGUCAUGGGUUUGUAUUAGGAGAAUGAGAGGGAAUCCGGCAGCUGCGAGGAGACAGCACAGCCUGCCCCAAGAACAGCAGGGAUGGGGUGCUAGGGCCAGAAAGUCUGGACUCUUCCUCCUCCUGUGGCAGCAGAGUUCACUGCAAAGCCAGCAGAGGAUCCUCUCUGCAGGGUUUGAGAAGCCUCCAUCCCAGUACUGGCUGGUGGUGUUGGCCAGCUGCAUGGAGGAGGCAAGGGAAAGGAACAGCAGCUUUUCCAAAGGUGCUCUCCUGUGGGUGGGAAUUCAGCAUUGCUGUUGUUUUUUCCAGCACUAGACUACGAACAGUGUUUCACUGAAAGUAGGAAAGUUUACCUUUUCCUGGAGUAACAUGAGAGGUGCGGGGUUUCAGCUUGUGUUCGUAAUGCCAGUUACACUGUAUGGCACUUGAUGAGAUGCAGGGAUGAUAACCAGUUUGUAUUUGAGCUGUUACUAAAGGCUGUGUUAUACUGGCAUAGUUUUAGCUGUGGCAAUGCUACCCUGGGCCACUAUUGCCAAGUGCCUGAUACAUCACAAAAUGAAGACGAAGCUGUGACAUACAUGAGUGAGAAGUGGAGUGAGUCUGUAACACUCCCAUACUCUGAAAUAACUUCUACUUUGUCAGUUGAUGAUGAACUUUUUAUGAUCCAAGGUGUGUCAUACUAAUUUUAAAUAUUAAAGAUGCAUCAACUCUUUUAUUACAGUGCCUUCCUCCUUACUUUCAGGAAUUGCCAGGUAGCUGCAGAGGAAACUGUAAGAUUUAAUUAAAUGCCAUGAGCCUCUCUGCUUCCUGGAGACACCAAGUCAUGGACUGAAACUGAGGAAUCUGAGAGCUAUGAUAAUAUGUAUCGAUAUGAUAUGUCAGUGCAUAUCUGAUGGCAUGGCAGGGUUACCUCAUUACACAUUACACCACUUGGUCUUUCAAAAUCAUCCGUUUUUGUGGGAUUGCAUACCUUGGUGCUGUUGAUAUGCACAUGUUUGGAAUUAGGCAGCAUUACCAUGUUGAAUCAAUAGUUUAUCCUGGCAACUUAAAGGCACUGAAUGAAUCACAGUAGAAGGCAUGCUAGUAGGCAGAACAUUGCCCCUCCCUCAGGAAAAAAUGCAAAGUGUCUACACCCAGAAGUAAAUCUUUAGAACAAAUCAAAUAAAAUGCUUUACCUGCAUCUCUUAUUCUGCUUCUAAACCAACAGCUGUUUAGUAGAUAAGUAUGUUUAGUAUUGGUUAACCUGUCUUUGGUUUUCCAUUUAAGACAUUCAAGAAAUGUUGCAAAAUGCCAACUGGAGUUCAGAGAGAAGACUGUCUUUUCUUGAGAAUGUUCACCAACAGCAGAAAGCACCCCAGAGAAGCUUUCACACAUACUUCUUUAAAUUUAAUAAUUCCUUUGUAGCCAUAUGAAAAAGUUAGAUUGUUUCUUCCUGCCCUAAACAGCCAGUCUUACCACCUGGGGAUUUCUGGGCUUGGACACAGGCGCAGCUCCAGAGGAGCAGAGAAGUUGCAGUGCUAUUGUUUUCAGUCUGAUGCUCCUUAUGCUCCUCUCCAUUUCUCUUUCUCUGGAUUUUUGUGAAGGAGGCUGCAUCCAUACCUAAUGUCUUCUUCCUUCUCCUUUCCCGAUGCUGGCCCGGGAAAAGGGCUUGCUGCUGUCAUGGUGGUGUGGAAGAAAUAGAGAAGUGUCAGGAUGCAGUCGUGCUUGACUUGGCUUUUGGUGUAGUGAGAUCAGCUCUGGUGGGUGCCAGCUGCCAGCACUGUAGACAGAGGCGCUGUAGGCCUCAAGUAGCACUUGCAUGUGACUGCACAAGAAUCAUUUUCCUGUGCAGAUAUCAAAGUACAGAUUGCCAAGUCUUGUCUUAUCACCACACUCAUCUCUAGUGUCAUCCCCUCCCAACUUCUGUAGCCUUUUGAAGAAAAUGCUGCAAAAUUAUUUUCCAGCUGAUGUGGAUAAUAACAUGUAUUAGUGCUUCCCUGUCUGCUUUUCCUGUAAUUAUAAUGUACUGUUAUUCCAGGAACCACAACUGUGAACUAGUACUUCAGGAGAUGACUUUGAUUUCAGAAAGAGAAGGACAGGAAAGGUGUCAGACAUGGAUUGUUGAUCUGCAUGUACUCAUUAAUGAGUGAAGGAUCAAAAGGUGGGACGGUGGCCAAGAAGCAAUGGAGAAUAAAAGUUUAGAAGGUUCCCCAUCAGACCUAAAGUUAGUGGCUCACCCGAGAGCAAAGAGUAAAGUGUGGAAGUACUUUGGGUUUGAUACCAAUGCAGAAGGAUGCAUAUUACAGUGGAAGAAGAUCUACUGCCGUAUUUGCAUGGCACAGAUUGCCUAUUCAGGAAACACGUCCAACCUUUCCUACCACCUUGAGAAAAAUCACCCCGAUGAAUUCUGUGAGUUUGUGAAAAGUAACACCGAGCAAAUGAGGGAAGCCUUUGCCACAGCAUUUUCAAAAAUCAAGCCGGAGUCGUCGCAGCAGGUUGUUCAAGAUAGCCUCAUCAUGAAGACCUACCAGAACUACGAAAACAAAAAGCAUCAGGAGCUGACAUCUGCAGUCAUCAGCUUAAUUUGCGAGGGCAUGUAUCCAGCCUCCAUUGUCGAUGAACCUACCUUCAAAGCCCUCUUGAGAACAGCAGACCCCAGGUAUGAACUUCCUAGCCGGAAGUACUUCUGUACAAAAGCCAUUCCUGAAAAGUACAGUGCUAUUAGAGAAAUUGUGCUGAAAGAGCUCACUGAGGUUCUGUGGUGUGGUAUAUCCACGGACAUGUGGAGGAGCGAAAACCAGAACAGGUCGUAUGUAACUGUGGCAGUUCACUUUCUCAGCAGCAGUCCUGGCAACUGCCUGGCCGUGAACUCACGGUGUUUGAAAACAUUUGAAGUACCAGAGGAUAACACCGCAGAGACCAUUACACGAGUCCUUUAUGAAACAUUCAUUGAGUGGGGGAUCAAUACAAAAGUCUUUGGUGCUACAACAGAUUACAGUAAAGACAUUGUAAAAGCUUGCUCUCUCUUAGAUAUUCCCGUGCAGAUGCCUUGUUUGGGGCACACUUUUAACGCAGGAAUACAACAAGCUUUCCAGCUCCCCAAACUCUGCAACCUUCUUGCCAGGUGCCGAAAGCUGGUGGAGUAUUUUCAGCAGUCUACGGUCGCGAUGUACAUGCUGAGCGAAAAGCAGAAGCAGCAGAAUAUUCUCCACUGCAUGCUGGUGAGCGACCGUGUUUCCUGGUGGGGAAGCACGCUCGCCAUGCUGCAGCGCCUCAAGGAGCAGCAGUUCGUCAUUGCGGCUGUUCUGGUGGAGGACAGCAACAACCACCACCUCAUGCUGGAAUCCAGCGAGUGGAAUACAAUCGAAGGGCUGGUGGAGCUGCUCCAGCCUUUCAAGCAGGUUGCAGAGAUGAUGUCUGCUUCAAAGUACCCGACGAUAAGUAUGGUGAAGCCACUUCUCCACAUGCUUCUCAAUACUACUCUGAACAUCAAAGAGAAUGAUUUGAAAGAAAUCAGCAUGGCAAAGGAGGUGAUUGCUAAAGAGUUGUCAACCACCUACCAGCACACACCUGAGAUAGACAUGUUUCUCAAUGUUGCAACUUUCUUGGAUCCCCGCUACAAGAAACUGCCUUUUCUUUCAGCCUUUGAGAGGCAGCAGGUGGAAAACAGAGUGGUGGAAGAAGCAAAAAGCCUGUUGGAGAAAGUAAAAGAAAAUAGCUUUAGAACUGAGGAGAAAUUCUUUGCUGUUUCAGAAGAGCCUCCAAUGAAAAAACUCAUCAUCUCCUCUACUCCUCCUCCUACCAGUGUCAUAAACAACAUGCUUGCAGAGAUCUUUUGCCAGACAGGAGGCGUGGAAGACCAGGAGGAAUGGCAUGCUCAAAUCGUGGAGGAGUUGAGCAACUUCAAGUCACAAAAAGUCCUCGGUUUGAAUGAAGACCCGCUGAAGUGGUGGUCUGACAGACUAGCACUGUUUCCAGUUUUACCAAAGGUUCUUCAAAAGUACUGGUGUAUUCUGGCCACAAGGGUCUUCCCUGAACGCUUAUUUGGCUCUUCUGCUAAUGUUGUGAGUGCAAAGAGAAACCGGUUAGCCCCGGCUCACGUGGAUGAGCAGAUUUUUUUGUAUGAGAACAGUCGCAAUGGGUCUGAGGCAGAGCCGGAGGACGAAGAUGAAGGAGAGUGGGGUUUGGAACAGGAACAGAUUUUUAAUUUAAAUGACUCAGUAAACAUAAACAACAAUUUCUUUAAUAUUCGAGACAGUGGGUUUGUUUAACAGGACUGCUGCGGUACAUUUAAUGACAAAGAAAAAGAGGUAUUUGUCUUAAGUUACCAAAAAAUCUUCUGUUUUAUGCUAUGAAUGCUGUAAAUAUUGAACAGUUGUAACAAACUUGAUUUAGCUUCCAUUGUCUGUGUUUUUCCCACUGUCUUAAAACAUGAAUGACUUUUGAUCAAACAGCACUGAAAUGAAUGAGGAAAUAAAUUCUACAAAGCCCGUGGUUUCUGACUGUGGCCCAGAUUUCAGAAAGCACUUAUCCAUGUGCUUCCUUUCCACUUAUUUCAGUGGGAGACAAAUACAUGCUUAUGUGCUUUCUAUCAUAAAAUUAUUUUCCUGAGUUAGGAUCUCGAGGAAGUUUUUAAAAUUUAUGCCUCCAUUUGUAAAUCCUGUGUGACUCAGGAUGAUAGCUUUAAAUUUUGGAUUUUAAAACGUUUUUAAAAUCCAUAGAUCUGAGCAGUGAAUAUUUUUAGAAUAUAUUAUUGCUAUGGAAUGAAAAAAGAUCUUGAGCCUGAUUUUCACUACCUCAUGUCUUAGGUCUGGUCUGUGCUAGAAAAGUUCAGCUGGUAUAAUCCUGUUGGUUAGGGGACUGAUGUGUUAUUUUAACUACUGUGCUGGCAUAGGCUGUAGUGUGGAUGCAUUUAUACCAGGAUAAUUUAUUUUCCUUUCCAGUGCAGUGUAAGUGGUAUAAACACUUAAACUGGUUUUGUUGUGUCCACAUUAGUCCAGUUUUACCAUUUAACUGCAGCUAAAUGGCAAAAUUGUUUUUUUGUUUGUUUUGCUUUGUGUCUAAGCAAGACCUGAUUGUAGUCUCUUGUGCUUUUGCUAAGUGGGAACCAAGUGUGGGGUGGAGGCAGUGUUGUGUUGCCUUUGCCUUGUGCCAAUGCCAUGGCUGAUGCCACAUGGUGUGUAGCAGGCACAGCAUCAGCCUUUGGUAAGGGAGAGAGGGAAGGAGAGGGCAGGGAGACGUCUACAGGCCACGGGUCUAACGGUUUGUCUGUGUUAUAAAAUCCUUAACCUCUUCAUUUUAUGGGGACUUUGCCCAGGGUAGCUAGAAAAUGUUGUUGGCAAGAAAAGCAAAAUAAAAAGCUUUAAUAUUAUGUAAAUAUAUUUAAAAGAAGGGGACCCCUCUAUUUCUUCACACAUAUUUAGUGAAUCUUUUAACAUUGUUUUUUAUGCUAGCACUUAAACUUUUUUCACCUUCUCUUUUUGAUUCAGUUUGUAGAGUGGACUUCAGUCUUGUCCAGUCUAAUGUUUGAGUACUGUUUCUGAUUAGUUGUGUAUUGUAACUACUCCCUUUGUGUCUCCAAGCAUAAGUGUUUUAAGCCCUUUUGAGAACUUGACAAACAAGAGAAAAGAAAGGAAACCAACCUGAGACCCCCCCAUCUCUUAUGAAAUACUGCAGGUCAUAAACAUGAUCAGAGUUCACACUAGACACAAAGUAGGAUGCACCAGCUUUAUUUUCUGAGGUGCAAUGGAAUACUCCUGGCAUUUUCCAGUUACAGUCACGGCUUGCUUGGGGUUUUAUUUCUGUUACUGGUGUCUCACCCCCCAAUCUUGGUGUUAGUCUACAAUUGUGUUGAGCAAUAUCUGUCUGUUACUGUUCUGGAGGAAGAAAGUUGGGUUUUUUCAUCACGGUGGCACCCAUGGACAUUGGGUUGUAAAAAGGGCACAGACAGUAGGAACAUACAAAUAUGAGAAUGGCAGUGGAAUUUAAUCUAUUGCCAAACUGCUUGUUUAUGGUUUGGUUUAAUAGUUUUUGGAGGCCUCCUGUGUUCUUUGUAGGUGGUGGGAAGGGAUGGGUGAGGGAGAAGAAAGGACAGAGGGUAGGCUGAAGGAAAAGAGAAGUAAGUAAUUGCAACUGCAUAAAUGAAAAUGUUUAAGCCUGGGAAAAAUACAGUUAGCAGGUUCUGUGGCCUGUGUUUUGCUGUUAGGAAGCCUGGGGUUUCACUUUUCAGCCUCCUGAAAACUGAAUUGCACUUGUACAAAGUACAUGCACUGUGUAUCCUGUUGAAUGUUGCUACUCUCCAUGUCCACUGAAGAGGUGUGUAUGCUUGCCCAAGGUGCAAAACGCAGGCUUGGCCUAAAAUCCCACAAGUAUAUAGGCUAUCUGUGAGGGCAACAAAAUCAAAUUAUGGAAGGACUGAGGUACCUGAGCUCCUGUGACACCCCAGCAGUCUGCCAGGAAGAGCUCUUGGCUUUUAUGGUCAUCACUUGAGCAGCUGUUACCACCACUGCAAGCCCUCCCUCCAGGACCUGCACAAAUGCUGGUGUGAGGUGUGUGGAUCUUGUCUUACCUGAGUGUGAUUUAAAGCUGUGCCCUCACAAUCCAGGCAAAGCCCAGAGCACCCUUGGUCUGCACUUGGCCUUCCCCUGUUGGCAGCACUGUAUCCAUCUUCAUCCUUCUAGGGCUGAACGUAAACAGUGACAUUUACAAGCAGUUUUACUGAGAUCAGUGCAAUGCACUACUCUCUUCCUUCCAGCUUCUUUUUAUUUUUUGGUAUCCAAAAUAAAAUUGUAGUUGGUUCAA